AUAAUGUUUUAACCCGCGUUAGUGACAAUCAUAAUAUCCGGCAUAAUAUUGGAAUCAAACAAUGACAAUAAAUAUUAUCGUUUUUAAUGUCUUAACUAAUGACCAAAUACCUUUACUCUAUGGUACAAACGACUGUACCUAUAGUAUUUUAUUUUAUUUUGAUGUUAGUUAACAGUUUUAAACCGAAUUUUUGAGUUUCUCGACAUCAGAGGUUUGAUUUCCAUUCACAGGUAACUGAAUAAUCCAGCACAGAAUUUUGUUGUACAUUUGUUCGUUUUUGAAAUACGUUACAUUGAAGUUAUUUUCUUUGUCGUAAUCUAUUCUACAGGAAUAUAAAAAUGGAUGAUUCCUUGCCAGCUCUCUGUGAGAUUAUCCAUGGCUUAGGUGAAAGAUUACCACGCAGGGAUACAGUAGCUUUAAUUCAGUCAGUAUUAUUAAAACAAAUGAUCUUGUUGGUUCACCGUCUUCAAAAAGCUGCAAUUUUACAUAAUAACCAGUAUAUAUCAGUCAAACAUGUAUUAUAUGUUUUAAAAGAUCAUAAGGUCACCAUCAUUCGAAUUCUAUCAUACUAUUAUUUAAAAGAUAUUAUUCUAAAACUCAGUAAAAUAAGUAAAUUAGGCAGUAUUGAAGAAUUAGAGAAAAGAAAAAAAGGUAAAAAAUCACAAUUACAAGGAUUGUUAAAAGAUGACAUGGUUGACAAUAUUACAAAUGUUGAAGACGAAUCAUUAAAAUUAGAUCCAGCUGCUGCCUUGGCAGCCAUUGAUUUUACAACAAAAGAUCCAUCAUCACCUUCACCUACCAGUACAAAUGUCAAAUGUAUUUUUUCUAAACUCAGGAACACAAUUGCAGAAUUGAAAUUAAGUAUAAAUAUUACUGAAGAUGAAGUAAAAAAAGCUAAUGAAGCACGUCUGAUGAGAGUUAAUGAUAUAUCAAUUUUAUUAUCAGCCAGUGGAUAUGAAGGUUUUGAAAUGUGUAGAAGAAAAAGUUUUCAUGGUCGAUUAGGAGACAAGUUAUUAAUUCAAGUACAGGACGUUCUCCCAUGGGAUAUUACUAUCAAUAGUCAAGUUAAAGAUAUUCUGAUGUUUUUAGCUAAAGAAACAAUUAAUUGUCUUAUUGAUCGUGUGUUUGUAAUAAGAAACUGUCAUGACAUUUGUGAUGAAACUAAUAAAAAAAUUAUUAAGAAAACAAAAUAUCGAUCUAUUCUUGUUCAUGAAAUAACAGCAGUCACUUCACAAUUCUGGAAAAUUCCUUUGUCAAAAAUCCAUAACCCCUACAAAGAAGACGAUACUUUUUUUAACGAACAAUUGAUUUUUGAUUCAUAAACAGCAUUGCUUUGAUAAUUAAAUAUAAUUAAAUGUUUAUGUGAUAUGUAUAGCAUGAUUCAGAAUAACAAUAGUGUUAUGUUAUAUUACAAUCCUGAAAACCAUAUUAAUAUUAGUAUUGAUUAUGUUAGCAUAAUCAAAAAAUUAUAAAUAAAUUACAAAUUACAAAUUUAAAUAUAUAUUUUUGUCUAAAAGCAAGUGAUAUUAUGUAUAGUUUAAUUUAUAAUUUUAUAAUUUAAGUGCAGUUUUGAUGAAUUUUCUAUAUUUUUUUAAAAUAUAUUAAUUUAGUUUAUAAUUACUUAUUAAUAAAUAGUUCUAUUUUAUAUUAUAAUUGCAUUGUUUUAAAGUUUUUAAAAACUUAACAAUGCAUUUAUUGAAAAUAUUAAAUAAUGAAAUUGAAUAGAUUGAAUUAUAUUUUUCCCACAAUGUCUACUACAAACAGUUUUACUCUCUCAUUACUUAUGUAAUAUAAUUCAUUAUUGUCUUUUACAUAGUAUUUUAAUCUCAUAAACAAAAAAUGUUUUUUUAGCAGAAAGAUUUAUUUUUGUAUUUUAAAUUUAAAAAAUAGUAGUAAAUAAGAACAGCUAAAAUGUGAUACAUAAUCCGUAUUGUAAUUUUAUUACAAAGUAUUUACCUAAUUAUAAUGACUGAUUUACUCUAAGUUUUGUAUUUAUUGUAUUUAUAUUUAUUAAUAUCAAUAUAUGGACUAUA